AUGGUUCUGCGCUGCUACAGUCGGCGGCACAUUGUGCCUGCUGCUCGAGCAUGGCAGCGACACAUCUCGACAACCUCGUCAAUAAGUGCAGCACAAGCAUCGACAUCAACGACGCCAGAAGCGAAACAUGCUCGAAUCCGCAAGCCUGCUCCGAGCUCAAGUCAGCAACAGCCCGAGAGCUGGUCCUUCUUCUUUCCAGAUCAUCUGCCAUGGAGUCGGAGAGCAACGCCUUCGUCACGCGCAAGGCAUCCUCUCGUCAAGAAGCUCAUCUCCGAGAUCUACAGCACCUCGCGUGCGCCCGAUGCUAACCGCGUAUGGAAGGCCUACAUGGACCUCAAGGAGGCGCAAGACGCCGGCCUUUCGGCCUCUUCCUCUUCGUCCACCGCGACUUCUUUGCUCACACAGCUGGAGCCGGUUCACUUGCAGCUCAUCCUUCGCGCUAUCGAUCCUUCCGUCUCUCGGACCAGAAGCCUCGCUCGUGCUGAGAGCAAGCGUCAUCAGAGCUUGCAGCAGCAGCAGUCUGCCUUGGCCAGCGGCAACGCCCCUCCCAGCAUCUUGCUCGCUGAGCAACACGCCUCUCGACAUGCGGGUAAGAUCUUUGACGCACAACAUCCCGUACGCGAAUACAUGCGCCGCGUCCAGAUCAUCUUUCGCGACAUGAGGCUCCACUCGUCCAUCGUACCCGCCACGAGUUCUGCCGUCGAGUCUGUCCCCGACCUCGCCGACUACAACCACGUCCUUUCACGUCUAGCCUCGGGCGGCCACAUUGGUCCUAUGUCGUCCAUCUGGAACGAGAUCUCUGCCCUCUCAGCUAAGUCAAGCUCUACAGGAGUCCAUCCCAACGGACACACAUAUCGGGAGCUCAUGGUCGGGCUGAGCCGACACGCCACCGAACAGAUCGAGAGGGUGCAAAAGGACGAGGCCUCCAAGACAUUGAACUACUCGGGCAAGAAGAAGCAGCUCGAAAAGUCGGCCAGAGCUGCUGCCUCCGGAGCUGCAAAGUAUGGACAGAUCUUGGCUCCGUCCGCGAGAGCCGCUGCCAUUCUUGCAGCUCUUCGUACCAUGGCUCUGCUCAAGGACAUGAAGGAUCACUCGGUUACGCCAAAUCACAUCACGCUCGACUUUGCUGCCAGGACUCUGCGGCUGGCAGGACACAUUGACGGACUUCACUUGCUCAUGCAGCAGGCCUACGGCAUCGACCUCACCACGCCCGACUCUGCCAGCGCCGUACAGAAGGAGCAGCAAGGCAUCGCACCCACCACACAUACCCUCAAUACCCUCCUCAUGGCGCUCGGCGAGCAGAGCAGCGUGCCAGAAAUGGUCGCAGCAUUUGAGACCGUAGCCAAGCCUCUUCCGUCCGGCACAUCUAGCGCAGAUGACUCGGCGUCCGGAGAAGGCGUCUUCUCCACCAACUGGAAGGACAUCUUCAGCAGCAUGCGUGACCGCGACGGCGAGAUUGCACAGCAAUCCGGCAACACCGACGAGACGAGCGUUCCAGACGCCUUUGCGUACGCCUCACCACAGAGAAUUGCACCCAACACAAAGACAUUCGAAGUCUUGCUGCGCCACUGCUGCACCGAGGUGGAUCCGCUCCGAUCGCCAGUCGCUCUCAAGACGGAAGCAAACGCGGGCUCCAUCUCCAGCAUCGCAAAGGAAUCAACUGAGAAGGCGCUCGCUGAUAUGCAGGAUGGCGGACAGCGCGCCCUCGAGAUGGAGCGCAGAACGAGAGGCGCCUAUGCUCUGUUUGCAAAAGCGCUGUUGUCCGAAGCCUUGGACAGGUCGGCAGAGCUGCUGUGCGUUACAGCAAGCAAUCUCGGUGUCGAGAUCUCGAGAUCGGAGCAGGCCGCAACCGAGGCAGACGAGGCAGCCAGUGCCGAGGACCGAGCCAGCUCCGCCGCCAUCGCCUCGACGCAGCCACGGCCGGAGCAUACAAGCUUCGCUGUUGCCCCGGGUCGAGCGAUGGAUGCCGACUUUGUUCCGAUUCUCGAGCCGCCCGCCUUCUCUGUUACCGCCACGAUGGUGCAGCCUUUUAUCGCACUCGCCUCUUCACGCAAGAGCAUUGGAGAGCUGCGAUGGGUCCGUUCCAUCCUGGCAAAGGCUUUGGAGAACAAGGCGGCAGAAGCACAAGUGAUCGAUGCAGCAUGGCGAACCUACUCGGCUCGCUUCGCAAAGGCGCGUCAGCUUGCUGCAGCACAGAAAAGCGGCAACGAGCCUGCUUUGGAAGGUCUGCAAGACUUGGAGCCAUUGCGAUUGAACGAAGGAAGGCCCAACGAGGUUCACGCCUUCCUCAAGCUACUGCGACAACAACACCGACUCGCUUCGAAGCAAGCGCAGGAGCUCGAGUGGCUGCUGUACGAUCGACUCGAUGAGCGUCUGCACGAUCUGGCCACGAACAGGACUCGGCGAAAGAUCCAGCGCGUGCUCAACCACCGAGAACAGAAAGUGCGCGCCGAGAGGGAUAGGUUCGAGGAGCAAGAGCGCGAGAUUGCGCGCAAGAAGCAGGCUAUCGAAGCUAGGAGGCUGAGAGAGCUGCAGAAGCAACAGCAAGAGGCUCAAGAAGCAUCCGUCGACCAGAGCAGUUCACACAUGGCCUCGACGGCCUCGGCAUAG